ACAACCAAACCAAGCGGCCACAUCUACUUCUGGACUCUGAGCUCAGCUCUCUCCACCACUCUCCAUCUCCAGUGAGAUCAAGCGAGCAAGCAAGUGAAGCAACACCAUGAUGCACCAUUACCAUGGCGAGGUGGCCAGCCUGCACUGCCUCUCGCCUCCCAACCCACUGUUCCACAACACUCACUACCACCACAGCAGCAUGCUCACAACCGUGACGCCGCCUCCUCCUUUCCACUUCUCAGCAACUACCUACGACUACAACGAACCUAUCGAGGAAGCACUGGCAGCCAUCGGUAACAGUCCUGCCAGUUCUGAUGGGGCAGAUGUCAUCCACAGUGGGGUGGCGGUGGUGGCAGAGGAGAAGGAGCGGAAGCGGCGGAGGAUGGUUUCCAACCGCGAGUCAGCGAGGCGCUCACGCAUGCGCAAGCAGCGGCAGCUCAGUGAGCUGUGGGCACAGGUCGUCCACCUCCGCAGCGCCAACCGCCACCUCCUCGACGAGCUCAACCGCGCAAUGAGGAGCUGCAGCGACAUGCUCCGCGACACCGACCGGCUCAGCAGUGAGAAGGCCAAGCUGGAGACCAAGCUCGAGCAGCUCAUGCAAGCACAGAAGAACAGCAACGCCUUCCUGAGCUCGUCCUCAGAACCAUACCAAAAUACUACCACUGCUACUGAAUAGAUCAUUCCUAUCUUAUCUCCUCAUUUUAACUGCGAGGAUUGUUAUCAUUAGUAUACUCCAAUAAGACAUGUGUUGAGGUGGUUUCAUCGGCUUAAACUGAUACUUAAUUUUAAAUCUUUGGGUAUGUCCUUACUGCCCGCUAGUGACAUCCUUUUGUCUAGAUUAAUAUGGAUUGGGUGUAACUCAGGAGUUGCCAUCAAUAGACAAUACAUAGUGCAGUAGCAACAGCA